ACUCUGGGCCAACAAUAGUUUACAGUAACAUAGAAAAUAAAACUAAUUUCUUAAUAUGAAUCAAAAACCCUUUUUUGCUAUUUUCAAUUACAGAGUCGUUUUCUAGAGGACGCAUCCAUCAUGUGCAACUCAUGGUCACCCAGGCAUAAUGGCGAUAUUUUCUCCGGUCUCAACGACGGCAUUCUGAGUCGAGCGGAAGCGUUGGCAGCCGUGGACAUUGGCAAACAUCAGGGUAGUCACGCACACACGCAGAUGACGCAGCAGCUGAAACACGACGUUAUGUACCACCAUAGCAUGGGGGCACCACCCCAAAGGCCGCUACAGAACAAACCGUAUUCUUUCCAGAUGCACCACACCAUGGAUGGGAUCGACAUGCUGGAUCCGUCCGGCUCGAUGACCACCCUAACGCCAAUGUCCGAAGCGCCAAUCACUUCCAGUCACCACCAGCUGCACGGGUCCUACCACAGUAUGAACCAUAUGAUGGGACACCACCACAGUGGACCGCUGGGUGGCCAUACGCCCGCCUUUUCAGAUGGCUUCCUUGGAUCGCACCAUCCGGCGAUGGCCGUGGCGGUGGCCGCGGCUGGGCUUCAUCCUGACACCGAUACCGACCCACGCGAGCUGGAGGCGUUUGCCGAACGCUUCAAACAAAGGAGGAUAAAAUUAGGUAAGCGGAAGAUCCGAACCUACAGAAAAUCUGGUUCCUUACCAACCAGAUCUGUAAAGUGUGAAGAUUUGAUAACGACUUCAACUGCGGGUUUUUUUACGAAUUGUUCAGCUUCGGCUCCAACUCUGUCCUCAGUGAGGGACCAUCUACAAACCCCGUGAACACUUUUUUGGAAUUCUUAAUCCGGGAUUUGAACUGACGAACUUUGGACUGUGAAUCUAACUGCCUACCAACGAAACUACCGAGACAGAACCCAGGAAAACGAACUGGACAGAGCUAACGACCUAACCUCUAGGUUAGGCCAGGGGUCAACAUUAAGGGGUUACAUACAUGUAAAUCGUAAAAAAUGUCAGAGGUCGGUAUGAGCACACAUUUAAACAUUUUUAAAUCUUUUUGCAGGGCAUUACAAUAUACAUUGCCGGGAACCGUGGUGUUGGGGUAAGCGUGGUUGCCUCUCACCCAGUCGGCCUGGGUUCGAUCCCAGACGGUCCCGGUGGCAUUUUUCGAGACGAGAUUUGUCUGAUCACGCCUUCCGUCGGACGGGGAAGUAAAUGUUGGCCCCGGACUAACCUAAA